AUGGGUUUCAUGGAAUUCUACCUGGAGAUUGACCCCGUCACCCUGAACCUCAUCAUCCUGGUCGCCAGCUAUGUCAUCCUGCUCCUGGUCUUCCUCAUCUCCUGCAUCCUGUACGACUGCCGGGGCAAAGACCCCACCAAGGAGUAUGCGCCUGACAACACGCCGGCACCGCCCAGCCAGUCACCCAUACGCUUGGUGGUCAUGCAGAACUCACCCACUUCGUCCCGCCACGAACCCAACAACUCGGCGGCGGGCCACGGCGAACUGCCUACGCCAGACCUGAGCCGGGAGCGGGAAAGAGAGAGGGAGAGGGAGAAGAGGAGUACUCUGGUCUGAGGAAGAGGAGGAGGAAGAGGAAGGUUUGGACUAACAACCAUGAAGUGCUGCUGUAUCUCUUUGCCAGUGUUUUUAGUUCUGGACUCUUAUGUUGAAUUUUUAACUUCCCUUGAUGGUAUCGAUGAGCUGCUGAGGUCAGCAGGAGGGUGUGAACCACACCUGAUGAAAAAACUAAAUCCUAAAAGCCCCCUGAAUUCCCACGAUCAGCUUCCAUCCACCUUGCCUGAACAUAAUCACAUCCCGCUGCAGGAUGCCGAGGACUCAACAGUGUCCAACGGGUCAGAUUCACAAAGGGAUAAUUCUCCUCUGGGAAACUCGAGACGCUGGAUUCUUGCCAAAUACAGAAACAGCAGAGGUUGUGGUGUAGGAGCUUUGAUUCGUCACUGUGUUGUUCCUGUUCAGCUUUUAAGACUGGAGCUUAUGAAUAACUGGGACUGAGGUGGUGCCAGAUCCAGUUCCUCGUCGUUCAGUUUGCUGAACGGUGGUCAACGUGAAUAAACUGAGUCA